AGAGCAGAGCCGGGGGGAGGCAGAAGGGCUAUCAGUGUCCGGCUGCCCUGACGCUGCCCCAGCCCUGUUGUGUGUUCCAGCGCCACGGAGCGGGUGGUGCCCAUGCUGCGACACGUGCAGGAGCGCGGAAACACGACCGUCUACGAGUGGAGGAGGGGGGUGGCGCCCACCAUGGUGGAGCGUCCACGGGUGGAGGAGCUGCCUGAGCAGCAGGAUGAGGAGGCGAUCGACUGGGGGGACUUAGGGGUGGAAUCUGCACCCACCCCCAUGGGGGUUGAUUACAGCAUCUCCGGUGAAGACGGAGCCCAGGCCGAGGAGGUGGACUGGGGGAUCUCACUGGAACCUGACCCACAGGGAGCCGGCUCUGACAGGAUAGACUGGGGAGAUGGGAGUGGUGGUGACCCGGUGCAGAUCACAGUGCUCGAGGCUGGCAUCCAGGUCCCAGAUGGAGUUGCCCGAGGUCCUGAUGCUCUGACCCUCCUGGAGAGCCCGGAGACUCGGAGCCAGUUCAUCGACGAGCUGAUGGAGCUGGAGACCUUCCUGUUCCAGCGCAUCGUGGAAAUGAGCGAAGAGGCUGACGUGGUGUCUGUGAGCCAGUUCCAGCUGGCCCCACCCAUCCUGCAGGGCCAGACCACACAGAAGGUGGGCGCCAUGGUGUCGGCUGUCCAGGAGCUGAUUGGCCGGCUGACCAACCUGCGGAUGCAGCAUCUGUUCCUGAUCCUGGCCUCCCCAAGGUACGUGGACCGGGUGAGCGAGCUCCUGCGCCAGAAGCUGAAGCAGGCGGAGCUGCUGGUGCUGAAGAAGGAGCUCACAGCGCAGAAGAGGCAGGAGGCGCUGGAGGAGCAGGGGGCCCUAGAGCCCAAACUCGACCUGCUGGUGCAGAAAACCAAGGAGCUGCAGAAACUAAUUGAAGCGGACAUUUCCAAACGGUACAGCGGGCGCCCUGUGAAUCUGAUGGGCACCUCCCUGUGACGCUUCCACGGCGAUGCAGCCCCCUAUGGAGCCAGGGUCCCACAGAGCUCUGCUAACCAGGACUUGCUCAAGUUGUGCAGAGCAGAUGCCCUUUCCAGGGGCUCCAGGCAGCUGGGAGGGAAUUGCUCAAUAAAGUGGGGGAAGCUGCUCCAUCCCCACCC